AUGGAACAUCAAUUAUUUAUCCACUGUGAAUCAUACCUCAUUAUCAUAUGCCGCCGGUGCAAGCACGCUGUGUGGCCAACAGAGAUUGAACGGCAUCUGAAAGGCAAGGCCCAUCAGCUAAAGCAUGCGGUGGUUCAGCAGAUAAAGGAGAACAUUGAACAGUGGGACAAUGUGGCUCGAGAUACUACACAGUUAACACUGCCCACAAUACUGAAUGAACCAAUCCCGGAACUACCCAUUCAUGAUGGCUACAGGUGCCAGCGGGAUCCCCAGUGCCAGUAUGUGGCAGGGAACAUGAACACCAUGCGCAAGCACUGGCAGAACAAGCACAGCUGGUCGCCAUAUCCCAGCCGUGGCCGUACAGCGCCACAAAAGCGUACGGCAGCACAGGAUGAGGUGGACAGAUCAUGCCAGAAGGUGCAGUUCCAGCAGAUAUUUGCAUCGCGCAAGGGCUCCCACUACAUACAGAUCCAGACUAAGGAGACUACUGAGCAUACCGGCACGCAAGACCAGAACAGAGCCAGCCAGGCCAUUGAUGAGCUGGAGCGGUUUUACCAGGAACAGCAACGGCAGACCAGCAAUGUCAUCCAGGCCGGGGAGCACGAUGAAGCCAACCCAUGGCUGCGGCGGACCAGAUGGCCGGUGUACUUGACCAACAUCGCACCCAAUGAUCUGGUCAACUGCGUCCAGCGGCCCGAGGAUGACACCACGUGCCCAGAUGAACUGGCCGCGAGGGCUAUCUGGGAGGCCAUGGGUCAGGUUGCCCGUACCAGCCAGCGAGUCAUCACACGGCUGGGCCACUUCGUCCGCAUCGAGGCCAUCCGCACAGAGCGACACCAGACCCGGCACACCCCGUUGCAGGCGUACAUGGACGAGGAGAGCAUCGCCGAGCACGUGAGGCCAUGGCAGCAGAUGUUGAUGUUUUUCGCCCGAACGCAGGUCGAGCAUGAAUGGACGAGCCCACAGUACCGGUUCACACCACGGCAGCGCAAGACAUGGAGGGUAUUAUGGCAGGUAGCCACCACAGAGGGAGCCGACCAGCGACACCCCAUCAGCCCAGAUCCCAUGGAUGAGCAGAUGACUGAGGAAGAAGAAGAGGAGGAGGAGGAGGAGGAGGAGGAGGAGGAGGAGGAGAAGAGACAGAGAGAUACCCAGUCAGAAGAAGAAGAUAAGUUCAAAUUAACCAAGAUGCAGAUGGCAUGUUUGGAUUUUUGCAUUGAGCUGCUGAACCAGCGGGUUCAGGUGGAGGAUUAUGAGUGCGCGCUGGUAGACGCGUUGGCGGUGCUGGGACGGGGGGAGUAUGGAUGGUGCGACGCGGAGAGCUACCCACCAAUGUUGUCACGGAUCAUCAAGGUGGCACGGUUCAUGGUGGUGCACAAGGCGCUGCGACUGGACGCCAAUGCAUCCGACAUGCUGGCCAGGAACCAAGCAAGCCAGAUGGUGGGAGAGUGGGCCGUGGUGAGCCCCAUGGAGGAGGCGGAUUACACGUUCACAGGCAACCAGAAUGAAGGGUAUGAAAGUGACAGCGGCAGGACCAGUGCCAGUUCCAACCCCCCAUCAUCACCGCCCACAUCGUCCCCACGCAGCGAUGAUCCCCCGGCCAUGAUAUCCAUCGGCGGGUCAACUUCAAACAACAGAAAGCAGCGAUCGUUUCAGGAAUGGCUUGAGCUGUUCAUGGAGGCAUUCAUGGUCCGCGGCACACACAGUCCCAUGCAGUGGAUGCUGGACCUGCGCACGUAUGGAUUGAAGGUGCACUACAGCAACACCACACCCGGCCACGUCGGCUGGAUGGGAGGGGAUGAGCUGCUGUACAAGGACAUGCACUUCACCAUGGGCGACUUCCGGGGCUUCACACACGGGCUGGUGGGAGCGACGAGGCGGAUCCUGCGGGAGGAGUUGUUGUUUGAGAAUGAGCUGAAUGGACAGCAGCCACCAGCCAUCCCAUGGUCCACGAUGCGGGAUGACCCCACCCAGGGAGGGACGGGGUGGAAUUUUUUAAAGGACAGCCGCACGCGGUGGCCGGUGGAUGGGGCACAGUGGUUGAUGCAGCAGAUGCGCAUACAGCCCGGGAUGCAGCGGCGGUUCAUCCAGCGAGAGCACAGCGACCGGCCCCGUUUGGCAAUCAAGGCGAUCAACGCAUACCUGCGCUGGGUGGUGAGAUUCCGGGAGAAGCUGAGCGUGGCGGUGCAUGUCACGGCGGGCCAACCGGCACGGGCGCCCGAGCUGCUCAGCGUCCGACACAUCAACACCGAGAACGGGGGCCACCGCAACAUAUUCAUAGAGGAUGGGAUGGUGGUGUUCGUCACGCGGUACCACAAGGGGUUUCAUGCAUCCAACGACAUCAAGGUGAUCCACCGGUAUCUGCCAAGGGAGGUCGGGGAACUGGUGGUGUGGUAUUUAUGGCUGGUGCUCCCAUUCGCCCAGCGGCUGCAGGAGUAUCGACGACGGAUCCGAGAGGAAGAGGGAAAUCCAGAAGAGGAGAACGCCAACCAACGGGGGGCAUACAUGUGGGGAGGAGACCCCGACGGGCGGGCCUGGACGUCCGAGCGUUUCCGGGAGGUGUUGAAACGGGAGACCCGCAUCGGGCUACAUGGUCAGGGGUUGAACCUGGCAGCAUACCGGAACAUCGCCAUCGCGAUCAGCAGGCAGUUCAUGCGCCCAUCCAGCGCGUUCAAAAACAACAGCCAGCAGGAAGAGGAGGAGCAGGUGGCCGGCAGCAAUGGAGAUGAAGAUGAACCCAUGGACCCCGAGGAAUGGCUGGGACGGAUCACAGACAUGCAAGCGGCCCACACAUCACACGUGGCCGGCAUGGUGUACGCACGAGGGAUCACGGAGCAGGCCGGGACCACACACCGGCGCCGUGAGAUGUUCCGGUUGAGCAGCACAGACUGGCACCGGUUUUUAGGGUUCGAGUCGGCAACGACCGAGAAGACGACGAGGGAUGCGGUGCUGGGAAAACGCAAGCGGGCACCAUGGGAGACAGAGGCCGAGGAGGGGCGUAUGGAGCGUCGAUUUCAGCUGCAGCAGACCGACAUGGAGGCCGAGCUGCAGCGGAUGAUGGGUGACAAGGCACUGAAGUUUCGAGGGGUGCAGGCGGCAGCGAUACGGGCCAUCCAGGACGGUGAAAGUCCCGUGGUGGCCAUCAUGCCAACCGGAGGGGGGAAGAGCAUGAUGUUCAUGUUGCCCGCGUGGGUUGCACCCGGGGGAACAACGGUGGUGGUGGUUCCACUGGUGGCGCUGCGAGGGGACAUGCAGCGGAGGUGCGAGGAGCUGGGGAUAUCAUGUGUGGAGUGGGAGAGCCGAAGACCGCCCGAUGAAGCAUCGAUGGUGCUGGUGACACCCGAGUCCGCAUUGAGCGAGGACUUCAUCACAUUUUUGAACCGACAGCGGCUGAACCACCGACUGGACCGGAUCGUCAUCGAUGAAUGCCACACGGUGCUCAACGACCAGGUCAACUUCCGGCCCCAGAUGCAACAGCUCGGCAAGCUGAUGGCGGCCAAGACACAGAUGGUGCUGCUGACGGCCACACUGCCACCCGGUGAGGAGGAGAAGCUGUGGUCCCGCAUGCACUGCACCCGAGCGGACAUAUCAUUGUUCCGGGCGCGGACAUGCCGUCCUAUCCAACAGGUGGGGGUGGAAUGGACGUCCAUUCCAUUCAGGGUUAGAAAACCGACCAAUCAGAGCAGGGCAGAUUGGACGUACAUUCCAUUUGGUUUCAGACGUUGA